UACUUAACCUUUUGCUAUUCUCUCUCCAAUUUCGCCGUGAUUCAAUGGUCAUGGCUUCCCAGCUCCUUCGACGCGCCUUCGGAAGCCGCUCCAGCCAGGUCCUCUCCUCCGCCACAAACCCUAACCCCUUCGCACCGUUUGUAGCCAGGGCCUUCUCCUCCGAUUCCACGCCCAUCCGAGCCACUCUCUUCCCCGGCGACGGUAUCGGCCCCGAGAUCGCCGACUCCGUUAAACAGGUAUUUAAAGCAGCUGAUGUUCCAAUUGAAUGGGAAGAACACUAUGUUGGGGACCAAAUAGAUCCUAGAACCCAAAGUUUCCUAACAUGGGAAAGUUUAGAAUCUGUACGGCGAAAUGGGGUAGGCUUGAAAGGGCCAAUGGCCACACCAAUUGGGAAAGGUCAUCGUUCUUUGAAUCUUACUCUAAGGAAAGAACUUAACUUAUAUGCCAAUGUUCGGCCUUGCUACAGCCUCCCUGGCUAUAAAACUCGGUAUGAUGAUGUAAAUCUUAUCACCAUCCGUGAAAACACAGAAGGGGAGUACAGUGGACUUGAGCAUCAAGUGGUCAGAGGUGUGGUUGAAAGCCUCAAGAUCAUUACUCGUCAGGCCAGUUUGAGGGUGGCUGAAUAUGCUUUUCACUAUGCAAAGACUCAUGGGAGAGAGAGAGUUUCUGCAAUACACAAAGCGAACAUUAUGCAGAAAACCGAUGGUCUUUUCCUAAAGUGUUGUCGUGAGGUUGCGGAGAAGUAUCCUGAGAUUGUAUAUGAGGAAGUUGUCAUUGACAAUUGCUGUAUGAUGCUUGUGAAGAAUCCAGCACUUUUUGAUGUAUUGGUGAUGCCUAACCUGUAUGGUGAUAUUAUCAGUGACCUUUGUGCUGGGUUGAUUGGAGGAUUGGGCUUAACACCAAGCUGCAAUAUUGGUGAGGGAGGUAUUGCCCUUGCUGAAGCUGUACAUGGUUCAGCACCUGAUAUUGCUGGAAAGAAUUUGGCGAAUCCAACUGCUUUGCUGUUGAGUUCUGUCACAAUGCUGCGCCAUUUGGAGUUCCAUGGCAAAGCUGAUCAGAUCCAAAAUGCUAUCCUCAGCACAAUUGCGGAGGGGAAGUACAGAACAGCUGACCUUGGUGGCAGUUCAUCUACAACUGAUUUUACAAAGGCAAUUUGUGAUCAUCUUUGAAGAAUGUUUCAACAUAGAAAUUCAGUUUUGCAUUGGAGUUGACGACAAAUUAUUUGUUGUGAUUUUUCUAAUGGAGCUAUAUUCGGAACCUUUCUCUAGAUCUUUUCUAAGGGAAUAAGACCACAUCACCUUGAUGCUUUGAAGAAAAGUUCUCCUGGUUGCCAACAAAUGCAAAAAAAUAUUAUAUAUGGCACUAUACAACCAUGGAGAGGUUGAAGGUGGCCUGGUUCAUUUAGAAACCAGCAUUUCCUGCUAUGUUUCAAAACAGAAAUAGGUUGGACUCUUCAAUGAAGUUCUCUUUUAGACUUCCAGUGCCGUCCUCGGUGGUUUGAUAUUCUUUGUCAAUACAAACUUGAAAUAAAAGCAUCAUGAUGUGGUGUUAGUCCUUUU